CCUUUUUCUUUUUUUCUCUUCCGCCUCCUGUCACUCUCCUUCUGGCCUUCUCUCCUUUAAAGAGCUCGAACCCUCUUCCAUUUCUCCACAAACGCGGGGAAUCGAUUCGGAGCCAGCACGAAUUCUUCGAUCGCUUCCCGUGGAAAAGAUCUCGGCGCCUCUGCGGAACCACCCAAAGGGGAAUUGGUGAGUUUUCUUGGGGUUGCUGGGGCCUUUCUUGGGGUGAAUUAAGGUUUUGAUACAGAGGGGAUUUAUUCUUGGUGGUUCGAGUGGAAGACAAGGGCUUUGGUCUGAUGAGAAUUGAUAGGGGGAUGCAGAGACUGGACUACGGGGAGGAGAGCGUGCUGGGCUGGAAGAAGUCGUUUAGCCAAGGGAUUGGCACUGGGGCACCUAAGGUCAGAACUCGUGAUAAAGGGAUGAUUAGGGCUUGGAGGCUCUGAGUUCUCAAAAAGUGGAGUAACGGAAUUAAAAAAGAGGGAUUAAGAUUUUUUGCUGAACAAGAUGACCCGAAUCUUUGUCCAGCGAGGGUCGGCAGGUUCUUCCUCGAAUGCUAAUCGCCCUUCCUCUACUUCACUGCCUCAACCUUCGGCAGCACAGGCUGCCUCGACCUCGAAGGAGGAGGAGCAAGACAAGGAAGUCCUUCAAGAACCAGGUGUGGUAGGUGAGAUCAUAGAGCACUGUGGGAGUUCUGAGGACAAAGACACAAAGAAUGAUGAGCUUCUGCCUGAAAGUUCUCAGGGCAUCAGAAUUGAAAGUGGGCCUAAUCAGCGUGUCGAUGACAAGGAAGAAUCUUUAAAAGAUGAUGCCUUGGAUUCUGCAGUUCUGGAGGAAGAAUUGGGUGAGCUUCACCCGUCUGAGCAUUCAGACCAUGAUGAAUCAGUGCGUUCUGGUGUUGGGUCUUCCCAGAUUGUUACAGGAGGUUCCUACCCUCCACCUCCUCCAGUGCCCCCUCCAAAACCUCCUGCAGCAAAUAUGAGCUCAAGGAGAAUGGGUUUGGGGUGUUUGAAUAGUGUGAGGAUCGGCCCUUCCAGAAGGACAUCAGGAUGGCCUGUGGUCUCAACCCGGCCAUCACCAUCAGGUUCUCGGCCUUCUUCUCCCAGGUCAUAUGGUGAAGGCGAAGGUUACAACAGUGCAGAUGAACAGAGCCCUUGUUAUGUUUCCUCGCAUGAUGAUGCACAGAGAGAACAACGAUUUGAACUUGAGAUAAGACGAACAAAGGGAUUUGAAGUCAAAAAAAUGUUGGAGGAUGGAAAUUGUUUAUUCCGUGCAGUGGCUGAUCAAGUUUAUGGUGAUCCAGAAGCAUAUGAUAUGGCGAGGCAAAUGUGCAUUGAUUAUAUGGAAAAAGAAAGAGGUCAUUUCUCUCAGUUCAUUACUGAAGGUUUUACAUCAUACUGUAAGAGGAAAAGGCGGGACAAGGUCUAUGGAAAUAAUGUGGAGAUCCAGGCCUUUGCUGAGAUGUAUAAUCGUCCUAUUCAUAUCUAUUCCUACAGCACAGAACCUAUUAACAUCUUUCAAGGAAGCUAUAACACAGAUGUGCCUCCCAUUCGGUUAAGUUACCAUCAUGGCAAUCAUUACAAUUCACUUGUUGAUCCAUGCCGAUUAACAGUUGGUGCAGGCCUUGGAUUUAGCAGUCUUCGCGGGAUAAACAUUGAUAAGGACCAGGUGAAAGCUGCUAUCAAAGCCCAGCAAGACCAGCAGAUUGAUAAUGCACUUCUAGCUGAGGGGCGCUUUUACUCUGAUCUGGAGCUGACUGAGAUGGAAAUAGAACGCACGGUCAUGGAAGCUUCACGAGCUGAAUACCUAGCGGAGGAGAGGAUGAAACAGCAGCUUGCUUAUAGAGAAUCUUCUACAUCAGGAGCGGAACCAUCAUCUUCUGGAGCAACAACAGGGACGGAGUCAUCCCGGGCAACAUUGGAAGGUGGAAGUGAAAAGGCACUAUCGUCUGACACAGUCCCCACCAGCAGCAUGCAGGUGGCUCUGUCAAUGGGUUUCAGCUAUGUGCAGGUUAUUGAAGCUUACAGCAUGCUUGGUGAUGAUGUGGAUUCCAUGAUCUGCUACCUGCUGGAGAUGGGAGGUACUGGUGCUUCCCCUGGUGGUAGCAAUCGUCAUAAAGGGAAAGCAGCAGAAUGAACGUUGGAGCACAGGGAAUGAAUGCCUAACAGAGUAUUCAUACAGUUAAACAUGUAAAAAGAACUGCCUUUUGAUACUGAUAAUGUUUCAGUAAACAGAAUAAGUCCAAUAAAUGCUGACCUGGACGCAUGGUUAUGAUGCUUCUC